CCUUCACUUCCUAGGGUUCAUACGGUUUAUGAAAUUUCGUUCUUGGUUGUGACGAAUCGAAGAAGAUUUUGAUCAGGGCUUUGAAGGAAUAUCUCUUGAAAAGUUAAUAUCUUCUUUCAAUUUCAAUCCAAUCGCAGGCAGACAUGGCUGAUGAUAUGCCCGCAGACCCCCUUCAUGAAAUUCUGACUCUGCUUCCAGUAAAAUCCUUGAUGCGAUUCCAGUGCGUCUGCAAUCAUGGAAGCUUCGUAUCAAAAACCAAAAUUCGUAGCCGGCCAUCUCUCGUUCGCAAUCACUGUCAUGGAAGAAUUUGCUUAGCUAUCGAUAAAGAUGUUGUUUUAAUGAACCCCAGUAUCAGUGUCGGAUUUGGUUACGAUCCCAAAAUCAGAGAUUACAAAGUUAUAAGAACAUGGAGAAGUCCUACAUAUGACCAUGUCAGAAUUGAGGUUUAUACCAUAAGUACCAACACCUGGAGAGAAAUUGACACCAUUGAUGAGUAUUUUGCUAAGCACUUCUUCUGGGGACUUGACGUGGAGAGAUACUUGAAUGGUUACUUUUAUUGGUUAGGAGGGGAAAAAUACAAGGACAACGGGAACAACAUGAAGUAUGUUAUUUCAUCAUUUAAUAUAAGCAAUGAGAUCUUUCAAAAGAUAUCAACGCCGGAUGAUUUCCUCCCUCACCGUAGUUAUUAUAAUAAUCUCUUCUCUGACUGUCAUCAUGAUAAUGAUCUCCUCAUUCUAAAAAGCAUCAACCAUAUGGCUAUUCCCAAAUGUCAGAAUGACGCCGCGUUGCUGUUUUGGAAGGAUGAUGAGAUUCUUGUGAGAUGCUACAAGGGAAACGCGUACGCAGUGGCAUCAUACAACAUUGGGACACAACAGCUGGAUUGAUGAUAUUCCUAAUUUUGCAGAGUCUUCAAAUUCAGCAGAUGUGUGUUAUUAUGUCGG